GUGCGCAGCAAUGCUCUGUGUCCCUCGGACACAGCGGAUCAACGGAAAGAGCCAAAGAUCUGUGUCCAAUCACAGCUGAUCACAUCAGUGCCAACUGUCAGUGCUCAUGCAUGCCACCUGCCAGUGCCCAUCAGUGCCACAUUUCAGUGCCUACCAGUGCACAUCAAUGCCAUAUAUCAAUGUCUAUCUGAGCUGCCUUUCAGUGUCACCCAUCAGUGCCACCUAUCAAUGCCAGUCAGUGCCACCUAUCAGUGCUGCCAAUCAGUGCCACCUAUCAACGCCAGUCAGUGCCGCAUAUCAGUGUUAUAUAUGAGUGCUGCCUUUCAGUGCCCAUCAGUGAUGCCUGUC